AUGGAGACUGGCGGACGCGGUUCCACCGAGGACGCAGGCGUGAAUGGCGACCGGGAAUCCCGCUCCACCACCCCAGAUCCAAAUGCGAGCUCGGUGAUGACACAUGGAGCUUGGGUCGGCGGCCGCGCGUGCGUCGGCAGCAGCGGCGGCGGCCACGACAGCAACAAUGCCGGCACACUAGUGCCAGCGCCGGUGCCGGCGUCGUCGUCGUCGUGGGUAAUAGUAGAGGAUGUCCUCAUCAAGCUGGUGGACAGCAUGAUCAAGAUGCUGUGCACCAAUGGCGUCUGGUGGCUGGAGGACCUGCAGGACCUCCUCGCCUGCUACCUCUCGCUCAACGCCGCCGAGCACCACCGCACCAUCGUCGCACUCUUCCGCCGCGUCAUCCUCGUCUGA